AUGGCUGUAGACACAAAUGCAGAGCAGGUCAAAACCUGGUACUUCCCUGACGCACUGUCAAAUUGUGCUGUAUGUGUUAAAGGUGUAAAGGUGCUACCAUCAAAAGUAUCGUCAACAACAGCAAGUCCCCUGGCUCCUGCUGCUACGCUGGCAGUCUUAGCAGAUGGAAGAAAAUUGCAGCCAUGUAUCAUUCCUAAAGGUGCUGCUAAAGGUGGAGCUGCCAUGAGAUGCUUUGCACUGCUGUGUGCAUUCCUGCAUGUCCUCGGCAUUCGCUCUGCAAAUGCAGCAGAGCAGCGGGAGAUGCACCUGGCAUUGCCUUUCUGCAGCAUCUUGGGAGUUUGCAAAGCCACCGAAAUAAUCGGGUGUUGUUUCUGCCAUCCGGUGGCAGUACGGAUGCAGUGCAAGGGGCUGAUCGCCUGCAGCGUGGUGCUGGGCUCAGCCUUGUUCUGCCUGCAGCAUACCAACUUAGUUCACGGAAUAUUUGGGAGAUGUCAGCGAGUGCCAGUAGGAGACAUAUACAAAUAUGACAUUUCACCUCCUGCUCUUCAGCGCCUGAGGAUCAUCCUGGAGAAGCUUUCACACAGAGGUUUUACCUGGCAAGAUGACUAUACGCAGCAUGUCAUUGGUCAGGAGCUCUCAAACAUCCACAAAAUCCACAACAGACACCCUGACAUCUUUGCAUCUGAAGCAUCUGAUACAGGAAGGAUUUUGGAACAGAAUGAAGAUCAUGAAAGAAAAUCUCAUCUGGAAAAUGAUGUGAAUUUGGCUGAGUCUCUUCAGCAAUAUCUUAAAUAUCUAGGUCUUCUCUCUCGAUCAGCAGCUACAAAUUUCUAUCCAAGGAAGAGGAAUGACAAAGCUUCUGUCAAGAGCUACAUCUAUAAUGAUCCCGUAAGGUACUACUUGAUGCAGAAACCCAAAGAAAGAGCAACUCCAUUGGCCCAAACAUCAACAUCUCAUCAACAGUAUGCUGAAAAUCUCCAUGGGAUGAACUUCAACCAGCCUCAGCCAGACAAGUUCUCAACGGAGUCAGAAGCGGGGCUUGACCAGAAAGCUCUGAUGGCUGCACUGCAUACGUACAUCACUCAGAACUUGUCAGCACAAAGCAAUGAUAAAAGCUCUCACAGUAGGACUAAAGGGUCACACGUUUAUGCUGAUAGAUACUCUUCUCAAGUUGGUCCUUUUGAUGGAAGUUUUUCCAGAGGAAAAGCAGAAGAUUUCAAAAUGAAUAAACUGUUCCAGCCACAGCCUGCCUCUGGAGUGCUGGGGCCAGCCCCCGAGAUGCUGAAUCAUAAGUCUGCUUCCCAGAAUGAUCCAAAGGACCUGUUGAGGGUAGUGGAUGAAACACUUAUUAGAGGUGUACUGAAGGACCUAGAGAAACACCAGGUGAAUGUGGAGAAUCUCAGCUCAACUGAACUGGAUGAGAUCGCUGAUACUAUUGCUAAUGCAAUUCAGACUGCUGGCAUUCAGGAAAAAACAGAAAAUGGUGCUGGAAAAACUCGAGAAGAAAAAGCGGAAGCAAAAAUUAAGAAAGGAGAUGCUCAAGGAAAGGCAGAAAUUCAUACUGGAUUAAUGGAAAACCGUGUUAACAUAGCAGACAAUGGAAUGCAUGAAGCCAGUGCCAGAACUGACCAAGAGGAGAACACUGCAAAAUUAAUUAACUUCUUGAAAAAUAAUGCAUUACCUGGAAAUAUGCCUAAAGACCUAAUACAUGAAGAAUCUACUAAGUCAGAAACCAAGAAAUCUGAGGACACUGACUCUUCUUCCUCAGAAGAAAUAAAUGCUGGUGUAGAAAAUGUAAAAAGUGAGACUUUCUCCAGGGAGCUGACAGCUGCAAAGAGCACUGAAUCUGACUCCAAAGACCCAAGUGAGACCCGCUACUGGAUGAAGAAUGCUUUAAUGAAGGAUGGAAACUCCUACGAACAGCCUGAGAAAAAUGCAGGACAAGGCAUAGAGCUUGAAGUGAAGUCUGCAGAGGAGAAAGAAUAUGGCUACAUUGUGACAGUGAAAGAGUAA